AGGGACAUUUGGCUUAUUUCCACUUGUUGGCUAUUGUGAAUAGUGCUGCUAUAAACAUUCAUGUAUAUGUUUUUAAUUCUCUUGGGGCACCUUUUAUUUUUUUUUUAAUGUCAAUUUACUUUUCUAUUUUUUUAAAGAUUUUUUUUAUUUGACAAAGAGAGAUAGUGAGAGCAGGAACACAAGGAGGGGGAGUGGGAGAGGGAGAAGCAGGCUUCCCGCCGAGCAGGGAGCCCGAUGCGGGACUCGAUCCCGGGACCCUGGGAUCAUGACCUGAGUCGAAGGCAGACACCUAACGACUGGGCCACCCAGGCACCCCUACUUUUCUAUUUUUUAAAAUCUAGAUGGGAAUGGGCAAUUUUUUUCUGUAAAGGGUCAGACAGUAAGUAUUUUAGGCUUUGUGGGCCAUAUGACAUCAUCAUGCUUAUGGUUGUACAACUGCUGAACUCUGCCAUUGUAGCAUGAAAGCUGCCAUAAGCAACAUAUAAACCAAUAAGCAUGGUUGUGUUUCAGUAAAACUUUAAACAGGCAGUGGGUCAAAUUUGACAUGUGGACCAUAGUUUGCCAAACCCUAGUCUAGAUGAUACAUUUACAUGAUUCAAUAUUCCAAAGGUAGGGACUCCUGGGUGGCUCAGUUGGUUAAGCAUCCAACUCUUGGUUUCAGCUCAGGUCGUGAUCUCAGGGUCUCAGCCCCCGACACGGGGCUCCAUGCUCAGCAGGGAGUCUGCUUGGGAUUCUGUCUCUCCCUCUGCCCAUCCCCCACCCCUGCUCUCUCUCUCUCUCUCUCUCUCUCAAAUAAAUAAAUCUUCAAAAACAAUAUUCCAAAGGUAGGAAAAUGAAAAUUCUCCUUCCACGUCAGUCCCCCAGCACUGACUGGGUUUCCCUCCUUAGAAACAAUUAAUGAUGUGAGAUUUUAUGUUCCCUUUCAGUGUAUAAAAAGUGUAUUUUUAAGUGGCUAUGCAAUAUUCCAACAUGUUGCAUAUGGUUUAAUAAACAUGAAUGGACUAAGAUGUCCAAAGGCAUGCCCUGAAAGACAGAACACUUGUAGGGGUGCUGCCCUGACCUGCCCAAUUCAUGCCUUCAUCAGGAUAAUCUUUUGAACUCCUGGGAUUUGCCUGGGAGUUCUGGGGAUCAUGCCUAAUGAAUAUGUUGGGUAAUCCCUUUUGGGUCAAAAACAAGCUGACUCUUGGGGAUGCAAUUUUUUUUUUUCAGUAGUUUUUACCUAUUCUACCAGAGAAACAUAACCAGUAGGAAGGCUAUCUAUUUGAUCUAUCUAUCUAUCUAUCUAUCUAUCUAUCAUCUAUCUAUCCAUCUAUCCAUCCACCUAUCUAAUCUAUCUGCUUUAUUACCAGGAAUUGGCUUACUCAGUUGUCAGGGACAGGUAGGUAAUUCUGGAAUAUUCAUGAAGGCUGUAAGGAAGGUGAGGCUGGAAGCUCAGGAAGGAGCUGACACUGCAGUUCACAGGUAGAAUUCUUCAGGGAAACCUCAGGCCUUUCAACUGGUUGGAGCUUGGUCCACCCAGAUUAUCUGAGAUAGUCUUUACAUAAAGUUAACUGAUUGUAGAUAUUAAUGACAUAUACAAAAUAAUUGCACAGUGACACCUAGAUUAGUAUUUGGUUGAAUAUCUAGGUAUUAGAGCCAAGCCAAGUUAUCACAUGAAACUGAUCAUUUUAGUCCACAUCUCGUCAACCCAGCACCCAUAUGCAUCUCCUUAAACUGUACUUAAUUUCCAAAUUAAUAACAAGUCAUACUUCCACCUAACGUGAUACAAUUAUCCUGUGUACAACUGAAAAUGUGCUAACCUUUUCCCCAGAAGAGGAUGCAAAGUCUGGGUGAUGUUCACUCCUCUCCUUGAUAAUCCUAUAACUUCAAUAAUUUAAAGUUAGCUAUUAUUUUUAAGAUUUUUUUAUGUGACAGAGAGCAAGGGAACACACAAGCAGGGGGAGCAGCAGAGGGAAAAGCAGGCUCCUGGCUGAGCAGGGAGCCCAACGUGGGACUAGAUCCCAGGGCCCCGGGAUCAUGACCUGAGCCAAAGGCUGACACUUAACUGACUGAGCCACCCAGGCACCCCUAAAGUUAGCUAUUAUUAAUAUGUUUUAUGUUAGAAUACAAGGGGGAUAAGAGGGAAGAAAAAACAUAUACACAAAAAUAAAUAUAUUUAUAAUAAAAUAAGGAAUAACUAAUCAUAAUUACAGUCCCCAUUUCUGCAAUUGGUCAGAUAGUCAUAGCUGGUAUUUAUAACUACCUUCUUCCCCUACUUAUUACAUAUUUCCUUUGCCGUCAGCAAGCACCUUAAUGCUGGUUAUAGUUCUUUUCCUAGCACAAUGCUCCCAAACUUUCAUUCUUGAGUGUCUUGAAGUGCCGUUAGAAGUUUUGCCUAAAAUUGGGUUGUUACAAUUUUCCAUUGGUUUUAAUCACAGGGCAUGGUAGUACCAAGGGAUUCCUUAAGGGCUAUCUUAUAUUCCAGACAUACUUUACCUCCAUUAUGUAGUAGAAUCCCAAUUUCCCCCUUGCUAGUCAGAAUCAAUCACCUCAGCUAGUACAGUAACUCCCUCCUUGGUCUGUUGAUUCAGAGGCAUAUGAAGAGCCCAAACUGGCAGUCCAAACUUCCAAUUCAACAGAAUCAUUGUGUCUUCUGGAGAAAGUAUUCUUCCCUUUGGAAUAAAGACUUACAGGCCAGCACAGCAUAAUGUUGCAAGGAUGGGAAGCAAAAAUUGUGCUAGUGGAUCACUGGGGGUAACAGUGAGUGGUGACAUUCCAUUUCCACUCCUUAAUGCCUGGAAGCAUGAGUCCUAGCUGUGGGAGAAACGGCACCAUACCUGGAAUGCUGAUUUAGAACAUAUACAGUCUCCUGAAGUACAUUGCUACAGUCCUGCAAGGUAUUGUCACCUAGCUGGUGUUGUAACUAGAUCUUCAAAAGGCUAUUCAACCUUUGUAUCAAGCCGGCUAUUUCAGGAUGAUGGGGUAACAUGGUGAUACCAGUAAAUUCCAUGGACAUGGGCCCAUUGCUGCACUUCAUUUGCUGUGAAGUGAGUUCUUUCAUUAGAAGCAAUGCUGUGUGGAAUACCAUGACGGUGGAUAAAGCAUUCUGGAAAUCCACAGAUGGUGGUUUUGGCAGAAGCAUUAUAUGCAAGGAAAGCAAAUCCACAUCCAAAGUGUCUGUUCCAGUAAGAGCAAAGCACUAUCCCUUUCAUGAUGGAAGUAGUCCAAUGUAAUCAACCUGCGAUGAGUGACAAUCAAUCAAUCAAUCAAUCAAUCCAAACUUACUGAUCAUCACCCAAGUGCCCCAUGCUGUGAAAGCUACGAAGUGGAACUCAAAUCAACAUUUACCAAGCACCUACUUCUUACUUUCAUCAUCGCUGAGCAUAAUCAAGAGUGCUCAGUUUUUAAAAGAAAGGUUGUCAAGAAAACUCAACUCUGUGUCCGCGGAACAUUUUGCGCACAGAAGAAAUGCGGUUGAACGGGCACGGGGAAGCAGCACCAUCUUCUGGCUGAAAUGUGGAAACUGAGACUCAGAGAGAUUAAGUAGCUGAAUUAAGGUCAAAUUUCAAAUAACUAGAAGCCCUGAAUUUGACUGCUGGUGUGUUGGAGUCCAACUGUCUCCCCAAACUGGAUCACACGGAAUCUUUGAAAGGCAGGUUGCAUAUGCUCUGGAUGGCUUUAAGAUAUCUCAUGAAUGUAUAUUAUAGCACCAGUUUGUAUACUGUCCACUGACAAGCCCAUUAAUAAUCAGCACCGGGUGAUAUAUCUGCACAUGAGGAUCCAUCAUCUGGACCUGGACAACUCAGUUUGAAUCCUGAGCACUAAAAGUGACUUCCUGCAUUUGUGUCUAUGAUUCCUUUUCUUUAGGAGUAUGGGGAAGAUACCAUGGAGCCAAAAAACCUCACGUGGGUAUCAGAGUUUGUCUUUUUGGGGUUCUCAGAGAUUCGAGAGCUCCAGCUUUUCCUGUUUCUGGUGUUCCUUUGUGUCUACACCACCACUGUCAUGGGAAACCUCCUCAUCAUGGUCACAGUGACUUCAGACACCCGGCUCCACACACCCAUGUACUUCCUGCUCCGAAAUCUGGCUGUCUUAGACCUCUGUUUCUCCUCUGUCACUGCCCCAAAGAUGCUGGUGGACUUCCUCUCUGAAAAGAAGAUCAUCUCCUACCAGGGCUGCAUGGCCCAGAUCUUCUGCAUUCAUCUUCUUGGUGGCGCGACUGUCUUCUUCCUCUCGGUGAUGGCCUUUGACCGCUACAUAGCCAUCUCCCGGCCCCUCCACUAUGUCACCAUCAUGAACACUCAGUUGUGUGUGGGGCUGGUGGUGGCUGCUUGGGUAGGGGGAUUUGUUCACUCCAUUGUCCAGCUGGCUCUGAUGCUCCCAUUGCCUUUUUGUGGCCCCAACGUCCUGGAUAAUUUCUACUGUGAUGUCCCACAAGUGCUGAGACUUGCCUGCACUGACACCUCCCUCCUGGAGUUCCUCAUGAUCUCCAACAGUGGAAUGUUGGUGCUUAUCUGGUUCCUUCUUCUUCUGAUAUCUUACACGGUCAUCCUGGUGAUGCUGAGGUCCCACUCAGGGCAGGCAAGGAAGAAGGCAGCUUCCACCUGCACCACUCACAUCAUUGUGGUGUCUAUGAUCUUCAUUCCCUGUAUCUCUGUCUACUCCCGGCCUUUCACCACCUUUUCCUUGGAUAAGGCUUUAUCCAUCAGCUACACAGUUAUGACCCCCAUGCUCAGCCCCAUGAUCUACACGCUGAGGAAUCAGGAGAUGCAAGCAGCCAUGAAGAGACUACGUAAGCGCCUCGUGAUAUGUAACAAGGAGUGAAUAAAAUGUCUUGACUAGGGGCACCUGGGUGGCUCAGUUGGUUAGGUGUCCAACUCUUGAUAUCAGCUCAGGUCUUGAUCUCAGGGAGUGAGUUCAAGCCCUGUGUGGAGCCUAAUUAAAGAAAUAAUCUUGACUUUAAAUGACAAUUUUUCUAUCUGAACUUUUGUUUUCCCAUGUGAAAAGUAGAGGAAAGUCUUUAUAGAUUGUGACAUUUGACAUUAAAUCAGUAUUUCUAUGUACCUACUCUUAUGUUUGGUAUUAUGUUAGGCCCUUUCUCACUUUUACUUUUUAAAGAUUUAUUGAUUGAUUUGAGAGAGAGAGAGAAAGAGAGCACCCGGGGAGGGGCAGAGGAGAUGGAGAGAGAGAAUCUCAAGCCAGACUCCUUGCUGAGCACUUACUGGGAUCUCAGGACCCCAAGAUCAUGACCUGAGUUGAAAUCAAAGGGCUGGAUCCUCAAAUUACUGAGCCACCCAGGCGCCCCGGCACUUUCUCACUUUUAUCUCAUCCUCAUAAAAUGGACAGUGGGUAUAUUGUUAUUAUAUAAACAUUUUAACAAUGAGAGAACUCAGGGAGAGAUAAUUUGCUCAGUGGUGAACAAGUGAGUGGCAGAGCUUGGCCAGGACUUGGUUCCUCUGACUCCAAGUUUACAGGCAAGGCUAUGGGUGGGAUGUGAAAUUCAAGGUUUCCCACAAACACAAGGGAAAACCUGGAGAGUUCCUCAGCUGUGGAUGAAUAUUUGUGAUGACUGGUGAACAAUAUCAUCUUAACUCUAGAAUAAUCAUAAUCUUUUCUUCUCCCUGUUUUUACUCUUUCUUUAUCUUUGGAGUUCUGUAACUUCAUUCAACUAUGUCUUUGCAUUCACUGAUGGUUGUCAAUUUUCUUUUGCCCGUUCAAUCUAUUGAUUCCAUUUGUAAACGACCAGAAGUCACUUACUGGUUCAAUUUUUUAAAAAGUUAUCUUGAGUCCCUUUCUUAAUUUAUGAAAAUUUUACUUUUACGUGAUCCAGAAUAUCAAUUCUAAGGAUGGUAGGAAGCAUAGAAAUGCUAAUUAUAAUCUAUAACAUCGAUCUCAAGGAGAGAAAUGGGAGACAUUUCCUCAGUGUAUCUUACACAUGAUCAUUCCACUACAUGAGAUACUCAAUUUUGAACUGAAUUUGUUGAGCAAUACGCCCUUUUGAUGAAUACUGCUAUAUCCAUGAGAAUUUUUUUAUUUAAAUAUCCAUGAGAAUUUUUAAAUUUAAAUAUCCAUGAGAAUUUAAGACAACUCUAAUUGAAGAUAAAGAUAACUUAUGUCUAUGUUUAUGAUGUAAAUGUGACUCAUAUCUAAAUAUAUUAAGCCUAUGGGGCAUCUGGGUUUCUGUUGAUUGAGUGUCUAACUCUGAUUUCAGCUCAGGUCAUGAUGUCUGUGUGGUAAGAUCAAGCCCCUGGUCGGGCUCCAUACUGAGUGGAGCCUGUUUAAGAUUGUCUCUCUCUCUCUGUCC